GGCGUCAAGAUGGAGUACACGGGAAGCAGCUAUGUUGGAGACCACACAAAUGGACGUAUGGAAGGAAGUGGAAACUACAACUUCCCGACAGAAACGAGAUAUGAGGGAGAGAUGAAAGACGGGAUGUUCCAUGGAAAAGGGACACUCUUCUUUCCCAACGGUAGCAAGUUUGAGGCAACAUGGGAGAAUGGUAUUGCAAUAGAUGGGCAGUACACAUUUGCUGAUGGUCUAGAAUUUGAUGAAGAGAACUGGAAAUACUGUGAUGGUUAUGACAGACGCUUCUACACAGAGAUCCGUAAUGGUUUAAAACCAGCGGGGAGGUCACAACUGACCAAUCGUGUUCCUCCAAGGGAGAUCCCAGAAGGUUGUUACGACUGUGGAGAUGGAUUUUAUGAUCCCAAAUCCAGAGUUGUGGUCGAUUACAACAAUAAAUUUUUGAGAAAUGCGGAUGAUGAUGAACAUGACUGGAUUGUGAAAACGUGCAGGAAGGGUUGGGACGAGUAUGUGGGUGCUCAGGCUACCCAGUGAUCACCAGAGUAUAUCAUUGACUGUUUAUAUUGCGAACAUUUCACAUGUUUUUGUAUCAUGUUAAGUCAUGUACAUUGUAUGUAUAAAGCUGUGAUAGAAAUUAUAUAUGUUAUCUUUUAUCUUAAAUUGUGAACACUGAACAAAAUGAGUGGUUGAACAAUCUGGUGGUUUUAAUCAUGUAUAGGGAAUGACAAAAUUUGUCAUUGCACUUCUUAGCAUAUCUUUUUAUACUGGGAACAACUUUACCCUGUUUAAUUAUGUUCAUCAAUUACCAUUAGCACAAAGAAGUAAAUUAUAACCUGGUAAGGGUUUCUUGUGUUAAACCUGAUGUGCUGAUAAGGUAAAAUACUGCAUGUUAAUUCAGAGCUUCACACAUGUACAAAGUCUCAUGAAUUAUUUAUUGUUUCAUUCCACUGAUUUUUUGACAUUACAUUGUAUAGCCCAUGUCUUACAGCUGUGGGCUGGAAGUAAUAUAUAUUUAUGUGCAUUAAAAGUAUGAGUAUGAUUAAAUUAUACAGAUCUGACAUCUUUCCAACUUUUGUCAAUUCUUUGGGUUUUUUUCUAUUCUAAUUACAUGUACUAUACUAUCAUGCCACAUCAUCUUGAUAAACUGUGACUUUGAUUUAUUUAUUAUUUUAAUUGUUGUUUUAUGCCGUACUCAUGUAUAUUUUACUUAUAUCAUGGUCACCAUUAUGGUGGGAGGAAGCGUGUUACAGCCCGGGGCUAACUCAUGACAACACUUAUGUUGCUGGCAGACCUUCCCGUGUAUGACCGGAGAGGAAGCCAGCAGGUGUUUCAUGCCACUCUCAAGAAUAUUAUGGAGGAAAUUCAUAAAAUUAAAUAGCUUCAAGACAUAUAUGAUCAUAUAACACAUACUCCAGUACCAUCUACUUUCAACACAGACAUCUGUGGCAGAUUUCUGCCAUAUGUUUAAUAUUUUCAUUUAUAAUAGUCCUUAGUAGAAACUUUAUCAGAAAAGAAUGACAUUCCUUUUGACCAUGUCAAGCAGAUCAGUACCACUGCAUGCCUAUAUACAUUGUAUUUACAUAUAAUGCUGCCUCACAGGAACACCAUGUGAAGACACUAGACUCGACACCAAUGCCAGUGAAUGGGUAGGUCUACACGGCCACUGUUAAGAUCAGCAGAAUCUUUGGAAAAAGAAAAUACUGAUACUGUUCACAACAGUGGCCUGAUGUCAGAUAAUACGAGAUAAUUACAAAUCACGAGUGUACGUAAUUUGGCUCAGCACAAAUAUCUUUCGACAUGCUGUCCAGCAGUGUCAUGUAGGCUCCAAGGGGUUAGCAUUAUUUAAAUACAAGUAUAACGUAAUUUACUGACUAUGGACAGCUAAGACGUUUACUUGCCCUUAAUUUGAUACACAUCGACACAGAUGAUAUAAUAAACAAAAUAAAUGUACCCGCGCUUCAGUAUAGAUACAAUAUGAAAAGACUGCAUACCAAAAUCUAAAAUUUCCACAUACUGUUUACACUUGGUCAUAUCCAGCAUCACAAAUGUGACAUACAGGUUUUGAUAAAUACAAGGCAAUAGUACACAUUUUGUGUAAUAAACACUGAAAGUACUGGAUUAGAUUUUGACCAGAUCAACAAUUUAUCCAACAUGAUUUCAUUAUAAGUUGACUAAAUGAUUAUGGUUUCAUGUCACUUCAGCAAUGUCGCAGCCAUGCUGUAAGAGAGUGAUCAGAAGAGGCUACCACAUACCAUAUACUUUUCUCACAUGGUUAGUCCAAAACAACACAUCCAUAUCUUUGCUUUUCUACAGCUUUCAGAAGAAGGUUUGUUCUGUGUCUGCCAGGGUUUCCCUUGUCUGGUUUCCUCUCCUCAUCAAUGAUAAUUUAUCACAAACCUAGCCGUCAUAGCCUCAAAGGCAUUGUAUACUUGAACAUUUAUUUAUUUACAUUUAUGAAAUAAACUUUAAUAGGAUCACAAUUAUGGUCAAAUAAAUAUAUAUAUAUAUACAUAUCCAUGACAUAUUAAACGCUGAUGAAAUCAGAGCAGAUAAUUAUGGCUUAACUCCACAUUCGCAGUAAUUCUGCCAUAUCGUGGCCAUGCUGAUAAAGAUUAUUUAUUUGAUUGGUGUUUUUACGCCGUACUCAAGAAUAUUUCACUUAUACGACAGCGGUCAGCAUUACGGUGGAAGGAAACCGAGCAGAGCCCGGGGGGAGACCCACAACCAUCCACAGGUUGUUGUCAGACUUUCCCACUUACAGCCGGAGAGGAAGCCAGCAGGAGUUGGACUUGAACUCACAGCGACCGCAUUGGUGAGGUCAGAAGUUAAGGAUGCCAGUGUCUUCAUAAUCAUAUAUGUAUGCCUCAAUGAGUCCUCGAUUAGCAGAAGGUAGAGAAGAGUUUAUACAUGACUGAGACCAUGUUGUAUGCUACAUGUGUUCCAUAAAAACAUUAAAAAAAAGACUGAUAUAUUUGAUUUAAAUGAGCGAUCCUUGCAUUGUACUUAAGAAUAUUUCACUUAUACGACAACGAGCAGCAUUACAAAGCCUAUCUGAUUUUCACCAGCCAGCGUGAAGUAAAGUUCCAUGUGAUCAAUAUUUACAAAUGCUAGUACACACACACUUAUUGCUUGUCUCUUUCACAAAACCACAAAAAGCCAUGGCUAAGGCUGUUCUGAUGUUUGGGUGCCCUGUCACCAUUCUCCUCAAAUGUCCACUAGAAGGAAAACUGGUUCUGAUUGUGUUAAUAAUGCCAGAAAUAAAAAUCCAGCUCUGUGCCAGGUUGUUUCUUCUAGCGUACAGAGCAUAGUGUAAACUAGUUUCACAGCUGUGUUUCUUACUAAAUUGUGAGUAACAAAAAAAAUCCAGCUCUAUGCCAGGUUGUUUCUUCUAGCAUACAAAGCACAGCGCAAACUGGUUUCACUGCUAUUUCCUGCUAAAUUGUGAUUAACAAAAAAAAUCCAGCUCUAUGCCAGGUU